AUAAUAUACCAUACACCAACUGAAAUCCGCCAGCUUGUUGGCAUCGCCGUCGCCAAUGUUGCCUUACGCCACCAUCCACGAGGCCGAGGCCGCCCUCGGAAGAUCCCUCUCUACCGCCGAGACCCUCUGGUUUAAUUACUCCGCCACCAAGUCCGACUACAUCCUCUACUGCCACAACAUCAUCUUCCUCUUCCUCAUCUUUUCUCUCUUCCCCUUCUACUACCUCUUCCUCGAAUUCUUCUUCACCAAUUCCGUCGCCCCUUUUAAAAUUCAGCCCAAAGUCAACCUCUCCUUCUCCGACACUCUCCGCUGCUACAAAUCAGUCAUGCGCAUGUUCUUCCUCGUCGUCGGCCCGCUCCAACUCGUCUCCUAUCCCUCCAUUCUGAUGAUAGGAAUAAGAACCGGAUUGCCACUGCCUUCAUUGUGGGAAAUUGCAUUGCAAUUGGGGGUUUAUUUCCUUGUGGAGGACUACACAAACUAUUGGGUCCAUAGGUUUCUGCAUUGCAAGUGGGGGUAUGAGAAAAUCCACAAGGUGCAUCAUGAAUACACUGCUCCGAUUGGAUUUGCUGCGCCGUAUGCUCACUGGGCCGAGAUAUUGAUCCUCGGGAUCCCGUCUUUUCUGGGGCCCGCAAUGGUCCCCGGGCAUAUGAUUACAUUCUGGUUAUGGAUUGCUUUGAGGCAGAUUGAGGCUAUUGAGACUCACAGUGGGUAUGACUUCCCUUGGACUCCGACAAAGUAUAUUCCAUUUUACGGUGGCCCAGAUUACCAUGAUUACCAUCACUACGUUGGUGGGCAGAGCCAAAGUAACUUUGCAUCAGUAUUCACCUAUUGCGAUUAUAUCUAUGGCACUGAUAAGGGAUAUCGCUACCAAAAGAAAGUUCUUCUACAGCUACGUGAGGGGGUUAAAACAAAGAACGGGCAGAAUGGACUUUUGCACGACCAAUAUGCACAAAGCCAUAAAGAGGACUAGCUUCUGGAUAAAUUAUUUUGGUCCAACGGCAUAUCUAAGUCUUCUUCUUUGCAUCCACAUCUUGUCGUUCUUAUCAUUCAGAACGGCUUUGCUUGGUGCUCAGCCGGUAGGUUUCCGAGCUUUUAUCCUUGUGUAGUUUAGGAAAAGACAUAACGUUAUGGUUUGUGGUUUAUACUUUGCUAUCUAUGUAAUUUUGGUAUAAAUUGCUUGCUUGUUUUUUUAUAUUUUGUAGUGUUAAUUAGGUUUAUAUGGAAGGAGGCUUUGGAUUUAUCUUGUUUUAGUAUGCUAAUUAUAGAGGAUACAUAGUUUCAAAUUUCUGUAUAUGCAUAUAUUAAUCAGGUUGAAUCAGCUUGUUUGAUAGUACUUUA